CACGUGAUAAAUAUUGCACCUGCAGUACGCAAUCCGGAAAGACGAAUUUGUUAAAAAUGUACUUAUAAAUCAAAUAUAAAGAAAAUCUUAACACCCAAACCACUUUCAAAAUAGAGACUUUUGUUCUCAAGAACUAGAAAAGAACCAUGUUUGUCUACUCUGAAGCCUUAUAGAGUCAAAGACAUUGCUUUCAUGAUUUGCUAAGAGACUCAGACCACAAUUAACUUUCCCACUAAAGUUGUGAAAGAUGGGGAAACGAGACAAAAGAGAUAAAGAGGAAAGAAAAGCCAAGAAAGCCAAACGGGAAGAAAUAGAAUACGAAGAAGAAGACACUCAAGAUGUCAAUGUGAAAGAUGGUGUCCCUGAAUCGGCGACACGGCACGCGGAAGAGCUAGAGCAAGCAGCAGAAGAUGAAUUCGGUGCCAAAGAUUUUCGCAAGUCUCUGGAACUGAAGCCAGAUCACGCCUCCAGACCUUUAUUCAUUGGUCCAAACGGUCACAUCUUUUUGGAAUCGUUUUCACCGGUGUAUAAACAUGCCCACGAUUUCUUGAUUGCUAUUUCGGAACCUGUGUGCAGACCUGAACACAUACAUGAAUAUAAACUGACACCUUAUUCGUUGUAUGCGGCUGUCUCUGUUGGAUUACAGACUACAGACAUUAUCGAGUAUCUGCGUAGACUGUGCAAGACAUCCUUACCAGAUGGUAUCAUAGAAUUUAUCAAACUGUGUACCCUAAGCUAUGGGAAAGUUAAAUUGGUGUUAAAACACAACAGAUAUUAUGUGGAAUCUCAGUAUCCAGAAGUUUUGCAGAAGUUACUCAAAGACCCUGUCAUUCAAGACUGUCGUAAAAGAGACGAAAUGGAUGAAGCUGGAGACGAUCAAUUCAUUGCUGGAGAAGUGUCUGGGACUACAGGAGAAAAUGGUGAACCAGUGCCGGAUGACAUCCAUGAUUUUUACACGAAAAUUGACAACGAGGAAGAAGAUGAAGACGAGGCUCAGUUGAAAACUGUGUCGUUCGAGGUGAAACAGGAAAAUAUCGAAACCAUACAGAAGCGCUGCAUCGAACUGGAAUAUCCACUUUUGGCGGAGUACGAUUUCCGAAACGACACAAUCAACCCUGACAUCAAUAUGGAUCUGAAACCCUCAACAGUCUUGCGUCCAUAUCAAGAGAAAAGUUUACGAAAGAUGUUUGGAAAUGGCCGUGCAAGAUCUGGUGUUAUAGUCUUACCUUGUGGAGCUGGUAAAACAUUAGUAGGAGUAACAGCAGCAUGCACAGUUCGCAAACGAUGUCUCGCUUUAGCCACAUCAGGUGUUGCUGUUGAACAAUGGCGGUCGCAAUUCAAAAUGUGGUCCACCAUCGAUGAUAACCUGAUUUGUCGAUUUACUUCAGAUGCUAAAGAUAAGCCAAUGGGAUGCUCGGUGUGCAUAAGUACAUACUCUAUGUUGGCUCAUUCAACGAAACGAUCGUGGGAGGCUGAAAAAAUGAUGGAAUGGCUUCAAAGUCAAGAAUGGGGAAUCAUGUUAUUGGACGAGGUACAGACGAUUCCUGCCAAGAUGUUCCGUCGUGUAUUGACAAUCGUAAAUGCUCAUUGUAAGUUGGGUCUCACAGCCACUCUAGUCAGAGAAGAUGACAAAAUAGCAGAUCUGAAUUUCUUAAUUGGACCGAAACUCUACGAAGCCAACUGGAUGGAACUGCAGAAUAAUGGGUUCAUCGCUAAGGUCCAGUGUGCCGAGGUCUGGUGUCCCAUGACGCCUGAAUUCUAUCGAGAAUAUCUUCAGAUGAAAUCCAUGAAGAAGCUGUUAUUGUAUGCCAUGAACCCCAACAAAUUUCAAGCUUGUCAAUUUUUGAUUCGUUACCACGAACGUCGUAACGAUAAGAUCAUUGUGUUCGCAGAUAACGUGUUCGCAUUGAAGCAUUACGCCAUCACUCUUAACAAGCCGUACCUCUAUGGUCCGACCAGUCAAGGGGAACGACUCCAAAUCUUGCAAAAUUUCCAACACAAUCCGAAAGUGAACACAAUUUUUGUAUCAAAAGUAGCUGAUACAUCUUUUGAUUUGCCUGAAGCAAAUGUUUUGAUCCAGAUUUCAGCUCAUGGAGGUUCCCGAAGACAAGAAGCUCAGCGAUUGGGUAGAAUUUUAAGAGCGAAAAAAGGAGCUGUUGCUGAAGAAUACAAUGCUUUUUUCUAUUCUCUGGUUUCUCAGGACACCAUGGAGAUGCAGUAUUCGUUGAAACGACAAAGAUUUCUGGUAAAUCAAGGCUACAGUUAUAAAGUCAUAACGAAGCUUGCCGGGAUGGACGAAGAGGAAAAUAUCUGUUACAGGAGCAAAGAAGACCAAGUCGGACUUCUUCAAAAAGUUUUGGCGGCGACAGACACUGAUGCCGAAGAGGAGGGAGUUCCUGGCGCCAGCGGAUCAGGAAUGGUCCGAAGGACAGGAAAUAUGAGCAGUAUGUCUGGAGCUGAUGAUGCUCUCUAUAUGGAAUACAAAAAGAAAUCUGGAAAUGCUCAUCCUCUCUUCAAACGAUUCCGGCGCUAAUUGAAAAAAACCUUGAAUAUUUUUUAUGUGAACAAUUUGCAAGUAGACAUGUACAUUAUAACAGUUUAAAGUGCUUAAAGCAAUAUGGCUGAAAUGGGGAAAAUAAACGCUUAAAGAGUGAAAAACAAACUUACAAAAUAAACAAGUGUUAAGAUGCUCAAAAGAUAAAUUUGAUAUUGAAUCUAACUGUAUACAAUAAACAUGAUAAUGGUUUGUAAAAAUCUGUUUUGAUCUAGUAAAAAAAAACACAAUUC